UGCAGCGGGAGAGUGUAUUUCCUCUUCCGGCUAGCCUCGCUGUGGUCCCUGCGGUUGGCGGCCGUGUGUCUCCGCCAUAUUGUCUGUGUGAUCCCGGCGGGAGCGGCGGCCGCGGGGAGCAGCAAGAGCAGGUUCGGGGCGCGAUUGGACAAGUGAGACGCCUCCUACUGCGACCUUUUGGUUUUGGGUCUACAAACGCUCUGCCUGUCUCAAGCCGCCAAGCUAUCUGCCAUGUCAGGACCUGUGCCAAGUCGGGCCCGUGUCUACACGGAUGUGAACACACACAGACCCCGAGAAUAUUGGGACUAUGAGUCACACGUGGUAGAAUGGGGCAACCAGGAUGAUUAUCAGUUAGUGAGGAAACUCGGUCGGGGCAAAUACAGUGAAGUCUUUGAAGCCAUUAACAUCACCAACAACGAGAAGGUUGUGGUAAAAAUUCUCAAGCCUGUGAAGAAGAAGAAAAUUAAGCGUGAGAUAAAGAUCCUGGAGAACCUGCGGGGUGGGCCCAACAUUAUCACCCUGGCAGACAUAGUGAAAGACCCGGUGUCCAGAACGCCAGCACUUGUCUUCGAACAUGUCAACAAUACAGAUUUUAAGCAGUUAUAUCAGACUCUGACAGACUACGACAUUAGAUUCUACAUGUAUGAAAUUCUUAAGGCACUGGAUUAUUGCCACAGUAUGGGUAUAAUGCACAGAGAUGUGAAACCUCACAAUGUAAUGAUUGACCAUGAGCACAGAAAGCUCCGUCUCAUAGACUGGGGCUUGGCCGAAUUCUACCACCCAGGACAGGAGUACAAUGUCCGUGUUGCUUCCCGAUACUUCAAGGGGCCGGAGCUGCUUGUGGAUUACCAAAUGUACGACUACAGCCUGGACAUGUGGAGCCUGGGGUGCAUGCUGGCCAGUAUGAUUUUCAGAAAAGAGCCAUUUUUCCAUGGCCAUGAUAACUACGACCAGCUGGUGAGAAUAGCGAAGGUGCUGGGCACAGAAGACCUCUACGAUUAUAUUGACAAGUACAACAUAGAACUGGAUCCACGCUUUAAUGAUAUUCUGGGCAGGCACUCGCGCAAACGGUGGGAAAGAUUUGUACACAGCGAGAACCAACAUCUAGUCAGUCCUGAGGCACUGGAUUUCCUGGACAAGCUGCUGCGAUAUGACCAUCAGACCCGACUGACUGCCCGUGAAGCUAUGGACCACCCAUACUUCUAUCCCAUCGUAAAGGACCAGUCCCGGAUGGGCGGCUCUAAUAUGCCCAGUGGCAGCACACCCGUCAGUAGCGCCAGUAUGAUGUCAGGUCAGUCCCGGUCCAGUGUUCGUGACAAGUCAGGGAUCUCUACGGUGCCAACGCCAUCUGCCCUGGGCUCUCUCGCUGGAUCUCCCGUUAUCUCUGCUACCAACACCCUGGGGACCCCUGUCGCUGCUGCAGCUGGAGCCACUCAGUAGGAGCCAUCACAGUUGACCCCUUGGCCCAUCUCCCUAAUUUACAUCCCACCUGAUGUGGAAGGAGGGGGGCCCCCAGAUAUUGGAAGCCCCCUAGACACACCGUGUCUGAGCAGUUGCUUGUGGAUUUAUAGUAGUUCUGUCAUUAUAAAUAUAUAUAUAUAAAUAUAAAAAAUAUUAUAGGCUGAAUAAUUUUUUUUACUUUGUUAUAGCUCUUGGUCACAAGCUGCUCUUGUGUCUAGGAUGUGGUCACUGGCCCCAGGCUGCCCUUUUGUUCCUGGGAUGUGGCUACUGGCCAGAUGUACCCACAGAGGAUUCUUUUUUUGAUUGUUUUUUUUUUAUUUCAGGUUCACAUGAGCCUGAUGCCCCAUAUCUCAUUGUACCCAAGUGCUGCCAAAGCCAUGAUCUCUCUCUGCCACCCCCUUUAUGGCAGACACGAGUGGUUUGGGUGCACUGAUGGAAUGUGUGCUGCCCUUUUUACCCCAACCAAAGCCAUGUCCGUGUGGGAUGAGCAAUACAGUUUCUUUUGUAAACGUUGCAGUGAGAUCUGCAUGGUGGUUCAAGCAGACGUUCUUCUCUUUACCCCCUGCCCUAAUGUGCCAUUCUGGGAGGGAUUAGACAUCUUAUUACUAUCCCAGAAAUGCCUCCCCAACCCCUUCGCCCUCUUUUAAAUAUGAGCUGUCGCCAUAUGUCCCUGUGAAAUCCUACCUCUUUCCCUGCUGGGAAGUGGCCGUUGAGGUUACCACCACCUUAAUCAUGUUCAUGGGCAAGACCUGCUCUGAUGUCUCCUAUCUCUCCACCACCCUAUUGCACCCACCCCAUCUUCCCCCAUUUUAAUUUGCAACGCCUGUCCCCCAGCAAGGAGCUGACGCGGUAACACAAAAAAAUGCUUUUCUCCUUCACAUGUGACAGAUCUAAUGUUGGAAUUAUUUGGUGUAAAUAAACAUGGUUUUAUUUAUCAAGGUUA